AUGGAGAUUGUCUCAUGCUCUGCACCAACAACGCCAAGACAGUUUCCACCAACGCCGAUCGUCACGCCCUUCUCUAAGCUGCAGGGCGCAUCAACUACCAUCUAUAUCGCCUUGCAGAAAACAAAAUACAGGAAGACGGACAUGAGGCAACUGGGUGAUGGCACACUCAUCAUUCGUGGUGAAAAGGUUCCAUCAAGGAACGUUGGAAGCGUUGGAUUUGUCGUACACCCAUCCGUUGUCCAUCUUGUCGAUUCGCAUGAGAUUCUAUCACCUCGCCUGGCUAUCCUUCGACUCCUUCAUCUGUAG